GGUAAAGAAAAAAAGUGCUUCGAAAAUUCUCUUUUUAGUUACUUACAAUAUGAACAUAACAACAAUAUUCUCAAUCGGUAUUUACUGAAUGCUUUUGCUUCAAAAGUUGAAAAAAGAACGCUUUCCGGAGAAGUCGCAAACUCUGUAUCCUCUAAUAGUUUGAGUUCUAAAAUUAAAGCUUUAAUGAAGCACUAUGGGUUUCUAGCUAUUGGAACCUAUAUAAUACUCGACAUUAUUUCCUUGACCGGCUUUUACGUGCUUGUAAAAUCAGGUGUUGAUGUGGAGGGACUUUUAGAAUCAAAAGGAAUUCACGUUAAAGAAAUUUCUUGGCUUCCUGAAGGUAGUAGCACAUUCGUGAUAGCACUUACCGCCCACAAGUUAUUUUCCCCUCUAAGAAUUUUCUUGUCUCUUGCUAUUAUACCGUCCGUAGCCAAAAUAUUUCAAAAGCUGGGCUUAAUAAAGCUGGCACCAAAACCCACCUUAAGGGAAGUUCGAGAAAAUGUUAAGAAAAAACUCUCUGCUAAUAGCCUACGGGCCAAAGAAUUAUACCUGAAAAGAUGGAAAAAACAUCGUCGUGGGAAACAUCUAUAAUUUAGAUGUGAUUUUACCUAAAAAAAGUUACUUCUUUGCCAACCCUAUUCAAUAAUAAAAUAACAGUUAAUAGA